GUUCUCACAUGCUGAAGAAGUUGUCUACACAGUACCCAGGUACUUACCCAGGUACUUGCACAAUAGCCAGAGACCCACCUCGAGCCAUCUUCACACUGAGAUACUUCAGGCUCAUGAAGAGAGCAUCCAGGCUCAGAAAAUUCGAGUCUGAACCUGCGGUUGCAACUGAGGACAGCCCGUCACCGUCACCGUCACCGUCACCGUCAUGGCACCCUCGGCCCAAGCCCACAAGCGAUCCCACAGCCUCUUGCUGCUACAGAAACUACUCAACCUCAGAGACAAUGCGAGCCCUCUGACGCUGGUUCUUGACACUUUGGAGCAGGGUUCAGCUCCAGUGCUGCAAGAGUUCACAACAAGAGCCAAGAUAUCUCGCACCAAAGUCAUAUUCAUAUCCUUCGCCACAAUAAAGAAGCCUGCAAACGCAGAUAUUCUCGUCAGGGCAACCGGCAAGCCGCUGCAGAAGCUGCACGCCGAGAUCACAUCUCACUAUCCCGCCCAGUCCCCUCCAGCAGCCAGAAAUGCCCCUCCAGCUUCAUCUUCAUCACAGAAAACACUCCUCAUAAUAGACACCCUCAACCCCCUCUCGACAACACACCCACGGCUCCUGACCCCCUUCCUAUCAAGCCUCAUAACCCACCCCACAAUCUCCCUCGUGGCGACCUACCACGCCGACGUGCCCCUGGCCCUGGCCCUGGGCCCGGCGGCCCCCGCCCUGAGCGAGUACGAGCCCCACCCGCUGACGGUGCUCAACCACCUCGCCACCGCCGUCCUGCGCGUCUCGAGCCUGCACCAGGCCGCCGAGGCCAAGCGCGCCAGGGACAGGAGCCUGCCCGCGCCGGCGUGGGGGCUCGCCGAGGGCCGCGAGGGCGUGCUGGUCGGGUUCAAGGGGGUCGGCGCGGGUGGUGGCGGCGGCAGGGCCGUCGUGGUCGAGAUGGAGCUGCGGAGGCGCAGCGGCCGCGCCGUCGUCGAGACGUUCGUCCUCGAGCCGGCCCGGGGAGGAGGAGGAGGAGGCCCCACGCCGGCUGCGGCUGCUGCUGCGGCUGCUGGCACCCUGUCGCUGCUCUCGGAUCACCCGCUGUUUGCUGCGCCUGUGGGCGGCGCAGAUGAUGGCCAUGACGAGGAUGAGGAUCUUGCUGAGACGACUUUCAACCUGGGCCUCACUGAGAAGCAGCGGAAGGACAGGGAGGGCAUUGUGUUGCCUUAUUUCGACGCGCAGAAGGAUGUGGGCGGCGGAGAGGGCGGGAGGAUCCUGUACGAGAUGGGGCGGGAGGACGACUUUGACGAUGAGGAGGAUGAGAUUUAG